AUGGCUUCAGGUUAUCUUGCACGAAAGAUGGCUCUGCUUCACCACCCGAAGCUCUCCCAAGCUCUGGAUGCUUUCACCAACAUGUCGGAAUUUAAACAAACCCAUGCCCACAUUAUAACCUCGGGUCUCUUCAAAGACAUCUUUACCACAGCGAGGCUCUUAGCUUUUGCCGCCAUCUCUGAAUCUGGUAGCCUCAGUUACGCUGAAAUUCUCUUCGACCAGAUCAAACACCCUACUCUUUUCAUGUACAAUUCAAUGAUCAGAGGCUUCUCUCAAAGCACGAAACCCCUUGAGUCCCUUAAGUAUUACGUUCGUAUGCUCCGCGUUGGGAUCUCACCGGAUAACUUCACCUUCCCUUUUCUAAUUCGAUCGUGUUCGAUCUCAUCGCUCCUCUUUCAAGGGCAACUACUCCACGCCCAUGCUAUAAAAUGUGGGUUGGUUUUUGAUGUGUUCAUCCUGAAUAACAUGAUCAACAUGUACGCAGCUUGUGGGGAAUUGAAUUCUGCUCGUCUUUUAUUUGAAGAAUGUUUUAGCAUAGUUGAUGUAGUAUCUUGGACCACAUUGGUUACUGGGUACUCGAAUUCUGGAGAUAUUGAUGUGGCCCGGGAGUUUUUUGAUCAGAUGCCAUAUAGAAACUUAGUCUCGUGGAACGCAGUGAUUGCUGGGUAUGCCCAUUGUGGUAAAAUUGAGGAAGCACGAAAGAUGUUCGAUGAGAUGCCUGAACGAAAUGUGGCCUCGUGGAGUACAAUGAUAUCGGGGUAUGCACAAAGUGGGUUUUGCAAAGAGGCUCUGGAGCUCUUUGGAGAAAUGGUUGGAGCCAGAAUCAUUCCAAAUGAGCCUGCGUUAGUUAGUACGGUGUCCGCUUGUGCACAACAUAAGGAAUUGGAAAAGGGUUUAUUGGUUCACAAUUAUAUAAAAGAACAGAAGUUUGAUAUUAAUGUGACCCUAGGAACAGCUCUUGUGGACAUGUAUGGUAAGUGCGGGAGCAUUGAGAAGGCACUUGAGGUUUUCAGUGAGAUGCCAAUAAAAAAUGUCUUAUCAUGGAACUCCAUGAUUGCUGGCCUGUCUAUGAAUGGAUGCGGAAAGCAAGCAAUGUCACUUUUCUGGCGGAUGCAGAUGAUUGGCCCUACACCAAAUGCCAUAACCUUCAUUGGUGUGCUAAGUGGAUGUAGCCACUCAGGAUUAGUUGAUGAAGGUCGUUACAUUUUUAAUCUAAUGACUCAAAAAUACCAUAUUAAACCUCAAUUAGAGCACUAUGGAUGCAUCGUUGACCUACUUGGAAGAGCUGGUCUCAUUAAGGAAGCUUUGGAUUUUAUAGAUGGGAUGCCAGUUCAGCCACAUGCUGGCUUAUGGGGUGCCCUUGUUGGUGCAUGUAGUAUUCAUGGAGAUGUCAAACUUGGUGAAGAAGUAGGAAAGCACCUCAUUGAGUUAGAGCCUCAUCAUAGUGGGAGAUAUGUUCUUUUGUCAAACAUAUUUGCAGCUGCAAAGAGGUGGGAUGAUGCUGCCAUGGUUAGGAAUUUGUUGAAGGAGAGACGAGUAUUUAAGACUGCGGGAAGUAGCAUGGUAGAAACAUGGUCCUAA